GGUGGUGUCGGGGCGCCUUGGCAGGGUUCCUCGCUCACUUGCGUCCCUCUAACCACUGCAGACCUGGACGCUACGGGGUCUGCGCCUUACAUUCCACACAAACUUCCUCUCUUCUACCACCCAGCACUCCGGAUUGAUCUCAUCGCAACUCACAAUCCCCUUCCUUUCCCUUCCUUUUCCUUUCGCAUCUCGCCUUUCCCCUUCCCCUAGCCACUUGCAUCCCAUUUGUCCGUUUCAAAGUGUUCUAAGGGCCUUCUCAUAUCAACAUCCGCCGUUGCCAUCAUUGAGGGCUUUCUACCGAGUCAAACUUACUUUUCUUUGGGAGGCGCACGCCCUCGUGCAGUCGCCGCCCCGCCUAUUAUUCGCUCCCGCGACCUUUACCCUCCAUCCCACCCUGCUUUCAUCCCUCCGUCCAUUUUCCUCCUCCUCCAUACCUUUUGUAUGCAAGCUGCGACAUUGGAGCCGCCUCUCGAUACUGCCUAUUGACGCAGUAGAAAGGGGCAACGUCUGGUACCUUUUGCAAUUGAUCUUGUCUCCGCCGCCGUGCUCACGACCUUGGCCUGGCGUUCAGGGACUCGAACAAAUCGUCCUUCCAGAGAUCCAGCGACUUUCACCAAAUCCAUGUCGCGACCUUCCACAGACGGCCUUUACCUGUCCCUAGAGCAACAAGAGCUUCUUAUGGCAGCAUUGAAUGCGAACCACUCGCCUAAACAAUCGACGUCGACUACCCAAAGGAAUACUCCACAGAACUUCAACUUUACGCCAAACAUGUCUAGCGCUCCUGGGUCGGGAAACCUCGAGUUCAGUGAUGAUAGCCCGUUUCUAGACUUCGAUCCCGAUGCCGACUUCGGGGAUGAGUCAUUCGACUUCGACGAGAACAGUCGCAUGAUCGGUGACAUACCUGGAGAUUCGGCAUCCGCCGAUCUACAUGAUAAGCGAAAGAGCGUCGACGGAAAAGAAGACGACGACGAAGGAGGGGGUAAAAGAAGAGAAGGCGAGGACAAGACUGCCAAAAAGCCUGGGAGGAAACCAUUGACUUCGGAGCCUACCUCAAAGCGCAAGGCCCAGAAUCGGGCUGCGCAGCGAGCCUUUAGGGAACGCAAAGAGAAGCACCUCAAGGAUCUGGAAACCAAAGUGGAAGACCUAGAAAAGGCCUCAGAGUCAGCCAAUCAUGAAAAUGGCCUCCUCCGCGCCCAGGUGGAGCGCUUGCAAGUCGAGUUGAAAGAAUACCGCAAACGCCUCUCGUGGAUCAGCAGUAAUGGCUUGAAUAGAUCGCAGCCAGUCGCACCCAACCAAAAUCGCAAUCCCAAUGGCAACGACUUCCAGUUCGAGUUUCCGAAGUUUGGUGAUCUCCCACCAAUGCCUGCCACAAAGUUGUUUGGCAAUUCAAAUAUGCAGAAGCCACAGGGCAGCAGCGUUGGCAGAUCCCCUUCUGUUCCCACUCCUGGUGCGACCCCAAGCACCCAAAAUGCUGCCAGCCGACGUUCCACCUCGUCUUCGCAGAAUCAACCCACAAGAUAUGGAUCUAUGAGCCAGUCGCCAAUUGGCAACACAUUUACUGCCUCUCCCCAGCCUCAGAACCAGCAACAAGAUCAGCAUGGAAGUGUUGACAGCUUGUCUGGGCUGUUUAGCCCAUCCAUUCUUGAAGCCAGCCGCCACGCCAGUUUGGGAGGUUACUUCCCAAAAUCUGCCGUCUCUGCCUACAAUGCCGCCACUCAGAGUAACCGCGGCAGCCUCGACAACGGAGUCUUGAGUAACAUGCCCGGCCUGUACUCGAAUUCGAGUAUUUCCAACUCUGACUCCCCGAGUUCAUCCACCGAAUCGCAUAAUGCCAUAUCCUCUAUUGGCACGUCUCCUGAGCCAAGCUUGAACUCUCCCGCGAACAAGCUUACGGAGUACAAUCUCAAUCCUAUCAGUGAAGAACAUCAGGCUCCAUUUGGUGGUAAGGACUAUCUCUGCGAUCAACUCCAGCUGGCCUGUGGCUGUGCGGAGGAUCCAAUGCCUCCAAUCUUGAAAAUGUCUAACGAAAAUCCGUUAGGCUACGUUAACGACCCUGGCUUCGACGUCAACGGUAUCAACUGGCUCGCUCAACAAAACAACAACUCCUUUGACCCGAUUUUGUUCGGCGAUUAUCGCGAGACACAAGACAAUAUCCUGUCCCAAGAUUUUGGUGCAUUCUUUAACGACGCCUAUCCACUUCCGGAUCUAGGCAGCCCUCUCCACAACUACAACGACGUGGCGCCAGAACCGGCGCCAAAGACAGACCUUCUAAAGCAGGUUGAAGAGGCCAAGAAUGAGGAAGUUGUCCCCGACAAUGAGAAGCCCAUGACCUGCAAUAAGAUUUGGGAUCGACUGCAGUCGAUGGAGAAAUUCCGAAAUGGCGAGAUUGAUAUCGAUAACCUGUGUAGUGAGCUCCGAGCAAAGGCCAAAUGCUCCGAAGGCGGCGCCGUUGUCGACAAGAAGGACGUCGACAAGAUCUUGGGCGCUGUCUAGACACGAUAAAAGUGCUCGACAUAAGGUCUUGGGAUGUACUCAGGUACGAUCGGUCGGGCUUAUUCUGGAUGGAUUGCAGGAGGGUAUAUUAUACCAUCAAAAAAUGGAUGACUUUGGGAUAUACCUGGCCCGCAUGUGUGCUAUGAAGAUAUCAAGGAGAUGAUGCGAUUUGGAGUUGUGGUUGUUGAGGUCAAGGUUUGACUCAUUUACAUGUAACAACGUCUGCCCGUCAUCUUAUUGUGAUGUUGGCGGGGACCCUUCAUUCACAAGCCUUCCGCACCAGCUGUGCGGAAGAUGUAGCAGCAGCAACAAUGUCACCACCUACCUCUGGUACAAAGGACUCCAUACUGUGAACUUGCCCAGGUGGUCUGGUGAAAAAUGCAUCGC